GUUUCAUACAGAUUCAAUGAUCUUUUUAUACAUUCCCUGCCAUAGUCGCAGCAGUAAGCGGAAUUUCGUGCAAAAAGUGGUUUUUCUCUCGCGUAUGGUAUCGGAGACCAGGUCGUAAAGUGUCUUGCAUGUGCCACUAGUACGGAGCGUCGGACGUAUGCGAUUUACGUGCGCGUGUGCUUAGUGCUUGUUUUCUGGGUGAAAUUUUGCUUCACAACUCGCGAAGAAGUUGCAAAGUGCCUUCCCGUAUGCGCUCUCUCGUUUGAUGAGAAAAAAAACUGGAGUUUCACACACACACACACCCCGCUAGUGCUUCUCCACACAUUUUUUUCUUAUUUUUUUUGUGCUGUAUCGUCAUCAUCACCGUCGGAUUGGAGUAAUAACAGCAGCAGUAGUGAACGUGAGAGCAGAGAAGCCUACACAACAGCUCGAGUGCAACCUUAGCGGCACACGAAAGGUGUUCCAAGGAGGUGACGAGAGGAGCAACGCGGAAAACCUCCGAUAUCGCCGUCGUCAUCGUUGUUCGUCUUUGCGAGGGACCACCACGAAUGAACAACACUCUGGACUCUGCAUGCGCUCUGCAAUACGACAACGAACAAACGCACAGGCACUAAGGUGCGUACCUGGCACCCUUCGUCGUGUGAGACCAACACCAUCAGUGGACUUUGCCCUGGAUGCUGGCUAUGUCGGAGGAAUCCCGAAACUGUUUGGAAUUUAAGUCGACACUUGGAAAGGAGUCACUCGCUUGAACAUCAAUGAAAAACGGAAAUACUGCGGCGGAGAGCAGCGCUCUGCAAUGAAAGGUACUAAAAGAAAAUGUGACUGCUUUUGCUCGGAACGAUGGCCCGAUAGGAUGUUGAAUUGGUGAACUCCCCUGGUGGGAAGAAACGCAAGUCUCCAAACAACAUUAGAACGAUCUAAGACAGCUCAUCAAGAAACAAAAAAAAAAGAAUCAAUCGUCACAAAAGUGAGAAACAAUAGAAGUGUGCGAAAAAUAAUGGAACUAGUAAAUUGUGGUCGAUUUCCCAGUUAUUACUACGACGUGGACGACAACAACAACAACAACCAACUGUUGCUGGCCUGCCGUGGUAAGAAUGCUGCUGCUGUCGACAUCGAGUGUUGGUCAUCCGGUUCCUUCGCGGCAAACUCCUGUCUCUACCGGCGACAGAAUCAGACGACACACUGCCAGGAGAAACAAGAAUACGACGACCAAUUUUACCAUCAGCACCAUCUUCACCAGCAGCGUCAGCAGAGUUCCCGUGCCUUGGAAUUGGAGCUGUGGAAUGUCGUGGGAUCAUCGAUUGGUUUUACCGAUAAACAUCUGUAUACCAACGGUUGCCCCCGGUUCGUCCAGCAGUAAUCGCUGCCAGCAGGAUAUCGCACCUUCUCGGGACUUCCACAGUGGUUUGUCCUAUCUACGGCGUUUGAAGAGGAUUCCCGGCAGUAAACGAGUCAAUCGUAUACACACGGAACCAACCCAUCAAAAAUUCAGUGACAAGUGAUACUUUCGGUCAAAACAGAGUAGGCUGGGAAGCGUUGUAUGAUUCGAAAAAAAAUGUGUGAAGCAAAACGUGAAGUUAUGAAUUGUAUAUAGUUUUUUUUUGCGUAUGAACUCGUUCGAAACAAAAUACAAGCAAGAGCCAGAGACUCUUAGAGAGAAAAAAAGUGAUUCCAGUGUGAAAGGAGAAAGACUCCCCGAGAUCUUUUUUUUUUUGAAGACAAAAAACUCAAGUGAAAAUCUUUCCCAAGAGAACUCACAUCAGAGGCAAUCAGAAAAACAAAAACUCUGUGAGAAUCAAAAGUUAGAUAUCUUUUUUUUCGGUACGUGAGAGUUUGUCAGCAGAAGAAGACGAAGCGAAUAGUGGAAUUAGUGGAAGCAGACGAAGAAGAAGCGAAACACGAAGACGAAGAAGAACAAGCAAAAGCAGCCUCUUUCAUUCAUAAGCAAUGAAUAGGAAUAUAGUAAAAUUCUAUGCAAUACUAUUCAUCAUGCUGUCAUCAGUUGUGUUAAUCACAGACUGCUGUUCGAGCAGAUCCAUGCCAAAAUCUCGACCCCGGCCGGUUUCGCACUUUCGCGGUAUGAUAACGACCUCGUCGGCAAAGAUAACGACCACCAGUGGCAAUGGCGACUCGACCACAUUCACCCUGAUAACCACCAAGACGACAUCGACGAUCAGCGAGGCCCAGUCUGAGACCACCUCGACGGUGACGGAUCCACGCAGUGGUCCGGGGCCUGGCUCGGGUGGGAGUGGCACAGCUGCUGUCGGCAGAACCGGAAUCGGAGGCGACAAUCUAGCGGGAGCUCCCAGCAAAGACCAAUUGAUGCGGAUGGGCAAAUGCUCGCAGCUGUUUGAGGAAAACUACUGUCUCAAUGGUGGCAAGUGUUACAACUUUACGAUUGCCAAUUCGACAAUGCCAACAUGCGAGUGCGCCGACGGAUUCAUGGGUGAGCGGUGCGAGUCAAAGUACCUUGAUGGGACUUACCUAAGUAUGCGUAAGUCCAAGAUACACAUCGAGACGGCCAGCAUCUGCUACGGGGCGUUUUUGGCACUGAUAGUGGUGCUAUUGUUGCUAUAUUUGGUUCAUUGUUUCCAGUCGUCGUCCUCAGCGGGAGGAAGCAGACUUUUCAGAAGGAGCAAGAAAGUGGUGAGUUAGCUUUUUUCUUGCAGUUCAGUAUGUUCUGAGAGUUUGACCGAGCCGCUUUUGCAAAAAACGCCGGAUAUAUGGAAGGUACACCGAGCCAGGUCGUAUUGUUUAGUUGUUUUGUUCAUGUUGGCUAGGGUAGGAUUAGAAACAAAAAAAAACAACAUAACACCGAUAUACGGACGAAUCGUGACAUCAAUUUUUUGCAUGUAUUUAUAUUGUUCGCGAAAGUACCAUAGUAGGUAAGCACUUCGGACAGUAAAGAGACACAAGGUUCAAUCCAGUCUGGAACUAGCGUUCGAAUCAGUGGAGUGAGCGUAUUAUGACGGAUAUUGUUGCAUGUUGGAAUUGCAUGGGCGUGGAAUCAAAAGUUGGUCUCACUCCGCUUGAUUAAAGCGUUGGUUUAGGCAGGUUGGAUUGCGAGACCACUCGCUUGGAGGAGAUAUAUACGUAGACACAACACAAGAGAGAAAUUAUUCUUAAUUUAUUAUUAUUCACUAAUAUUUUUCCCAUGUUUUUUCACAUGUAAAAUAAUUGCUUUAGAAAUCCAUCGUAUUUAAGUCGUAGGGAAUCGUGCGCGCAUUAUAAACUAUGAAGUGUAGUUAAGUCACCGUUGAUUAUUACAAACAGAGAAAAAAAAGCACCGCCUUCCACACCAAUUGAACCUAAACAAGUAUAAAUAGAACAAACAAAUUGAUACCAAACUGAAGCAGUUGCAGUCUAUUUUGUUUAUUGAUUUCCAAACAAACAACAAGUCAAACCGAAUGAUCGCAAACAGAUUUUUAAACAUUUACAUCCAUUUCCACUAGCACGAAUGAAGCCGAGAUAAACUAAUUAUAUAACAAUUAGACAGUAUUCAAAACUAUCGAGCCAAAGAGUACGUUUUAGUACUUUUAGAUUUUAUAAGUUGCGUCUACUUUUUUGUUCCCAUCUUGUGGAAUACAAAAGGGGGCUACUCUAUGAUAUGAAAUGAUAGGUAAAACGCUCAAUCCGAUCGAUGAGGUAUCACGUAUCACGCAUCGCCGUUAUUAUUAUCAUCCUCUCUCAUCCGGAAAGUGCAGGAAGGAUAGGGAUAUCGAAUCAGUAUUAUAAUCCAUGGACAAUCCUGUAUCCUCCAGUCGUAUGUAUCUUAAAUUGUUUUUAGGGUCAAGUCUCGUGCUUAUUUUAUCAGUCUAAACCACAACAAAGGCAGCUUAUCUGUUGUCCUUUGUUCCAUUGUGACAAACAUGACAGAGCCCAGCUAAUUCAGUUUUCACGGGAACUUCCGAUACGCGCAGCAUUAGCAUCAGUUUAGCCGAUAUCUUAUAUACAUACUUACUUACUUUGUUGGUCGACGGACCGUUCACCGGUCCAGGGCCUAACGAAUUAGAGAUGUCCAGCUUCGUCUGUCUUGGGCAUCCUCUUCCACCGCGCACAUCCACCGAGUGCGAGGCCUACCACGAAGUCGACGACCUCUUCCUGGUUCUCUGCUGAAGAUAGUUUUGGCGGCUCACUCGUUAGGCAUUCUGGCUACAUGUCCAGCCCAUUGCAGCCUGCCACGCUGUAUUACCUUCAAUAUAUCAGCAUGUUUGUAUACCUGGCACAACUCGUGAUUCAUGCGCCUGCGCCGCACUCCAUCCCCCAAUUUACCGCCAAGUAUCGAUCGCAGAACUUUACGCUCAAAAACUCCGAGCACUCGUCGGUCAGCUUCCUUCAACGUCCAUGCUUCAUUUCCGUAAAGGGCCACCGGGAGGAUCAGCGUCCUAUACAGCGCUAGUUUUGUGUGAGUUUGAAAACCACGGGACCUUCGCUGGUUACGUAGUCCGUAGAAGGUCCUGUUCGCAGCUGCAGCUCGUCGUUUCACUUCACGGCUCAUAUCGUUGUCACAAGCGUACCAAGAUAAACGAAUUCAUCAACCACUUCAAAUCGUUCCCCAUCAAUUUCCACUUCAGUACCAACACCACCGGAACCUCCACGCUCCCUGCCAGCUACCAUGUACAAUUGUUUUGGCAGAGUUGGUGAUUAGUCCCAACCUCGUCGCUUCCCUCUUAAAAGGCCUGAAGGCCUCCUCCACGGACCUACGAUCGACACCGACGAUAUCAAUGUCGUCCGCAAAACCAAGGAGCAUGUGCCAUUUGGUAAUAAUCGUACCGUUUCUUGGCACGAUUGCUUUUCGUACUGCUCCUUCAAGUGCUGUGUUGAACAGUAAGUUGGAGAGCGCAUCCCCCUGCUUCAGUCCAUCUAACGUUAUGAACGCGGCUGAUGUUCCGCCAGCUAUCCGCACGCAUGACUUCGUUCCUUCCAGUGUCAUACGACUCAGCUUAAUUAGUUUCGUCGGAAAACCGUGUUCCAGCAUAAUCUGCCACAGCUCGUUUCUGUUCACUGAAUCGUAUGCCGCCUUAAAAUCUACAAACAGAUGGUGAGUCUGCAAGUAAUACUCCCGGAACUUGUCGAGGAUCUGUCGCAGGGUGAACAUUUGAUCCGUCGUGGAACGCCCCUGUCGAAAACGAGCCUGGUAUUCGCCGACGAAGGAUUUCAUUAGCGGUCUCAAUCUAAAGAACAGGAUACGGGAGAGCAGUUUGUAUUCGGAGUUGAGCAACGUAAUGCCUCGAUAGUUGCUGCAAUCGAGUCGAUGACUCUUCUUGUAGAUUGGGCAUAUGAGGCCUUCCAAUCAGUCUUUCGGCAUUUGUUCAUCCGCCCAGAUCCUCAAUUUGAUCUGGUGUAUCGCAUCGUCCAGCCGCUCGCGUCCCGCUUUUAGAUGUUCCUUCCUAGCGGCCUUGCCGUUUUUCAGCUCACUAAUCGCCUUUUUAACCUCCUCCUAUGUUGGUGGCUCCACAGCUUGUUCGUCAUUCAUAAUCCUCAUCCUGUUCCUGUUUUGCUCAUCUUGCUGCUCACCGUUCAAUAGGGCCUGAAAGUGCUCCUUCCAUCUGGCUGCAAUCAUCGGUUUCUCAGUGAGCAGGUUGCCGUCCUUGUCAUUCGACAUCACCGGCGCAGAGAAAUUCCUGAUUCUGACUCUGUUGACUGUUCUAUAGAAGUUCUGCACGUCGUUUCCAGCAAAGUUGUCUUCUCCACUGUUGAGCACCUGCUCCUCGUACUCGCGUUUCUUCCGACUGUGGACUCUAUUUUCGGCAGCACUUGCCUCCCUGUAUCUCCCUCUAUACUGACGCGCAGCCGUCACGUCUCUCGCAGUCGUUUCAAUGGCACCGUGAAUGGUACUCCACAGCCCAUUUCAUCUUGUUCCUCCUGUUGUUCUGCGAUCCGUUGAUCCAGCUCUCUGGCGUAUUCUUCUGCCACGCCAUCAGCUUUCAACCGCUGUAUGUUGAACCGCAUCGUCCUCUCUGUGCGGGAUUUCAACACGUUCGACAACCGUGGGCCUACAAAUGACGAGAGGAUGGUCAGAGUCAAUGUUGGAUCCGCGGAAAGACCUUACAUCAGUAACAUCCGAGAAGUGCCGACCGCUAAUCAGUACAUGUUCGAUCUGGAAGCAGGCUUCUCCAUUUGGGUGCCUCCAGGUAUGUUUCCGAAUAUUCAAACGUGGAAAAUGGGAGCUACAUAUAGCCAUUCCUCUGGCCGCGGCAAAGUUUAUCAGCAUCAGGCCGUUUUCAUUGGUUGACGAGUGAAGGCUGUGCCUUCCAAUGUCCGGACGGAAGAAUUCCUCCCUUCCAACCUGGGCGUUUGCAUCUCCAAUGACGACUAUUACGUUGUGUUUUGGGCACUCGCCAUAGGUUCGUUCUAGUGUUUCGUAGAAAUCAUCAUCGUUUGGUCAUCUACGGUCAUCAUCGGUCAUCAUCUUCCACCACGAAACCGACGCCCCGUUCCGCUGCUUUACCGGCACUGUAGAAGAUCUGGUACUUGAAAGAAGUGUGUGCAAUAGGAUCUACUGCACGGAAUUCCCUUUCUCCGGAAUUUGGCCACCGAACCUCCUGAAUCGCUGCCAUUUCGACUCCCUGCCGCUGUAAUUCUCGAGCAAGCAAACCCGCUCGCGCCGGUUCAUUGAGAGAUCUGACGAUCCAAGUACCUAAUUUCCAAUCAUUUACCUUCGUCGUGUUCCGUGUUCAACGGCCUAGGUCUUUGCCGAUUAAUCCGUUCCGUAUUUCUCCAUUCGUUGUUCGUAGUUAGAAUGGAUUUCGGUAUGCUACCUUACCAGGGUCGCGAUACCUACAUCCUGCUGAUGGGGCUGCCAUCUUAGGUGUAGCUGGCGGGAUACAUCAUUCAAUUUUCAGCCGCUCGCUCCGAAACAGACGCUGUUUUGGCCGCUCCUCCUGGAGAUCAGACGCACCGAUUUUUUUUGGGCUGAGACGCUUAUGACGGCGUCAACUCGCCUUUUAGGAGUCGUUAGGGGAGAUUGUGUAGAGCCCACUACGCAUCUCCCGGCCCUAACGAACUCCUGCUGCUUGUUCGGGGGUACUUAUUUAUUGUAUUCGCACCUACCCUCCACAUCUGGAGGCCGUUUCGCUAUCGCUAUCCACAACCUGCGAUCCGAUUCCUUGCAGCUAGGCUGUGCAUAUUGAAACUCACAUUGAACAAUGCAAGAACCGUAUUGAUCCCUGUGAUGUUGUCACUACGACACCCAUAUUGAACCCUGUGAGAAUCACUAUGACACUUGGACACUCAUUUAUCACAACAAUCUUACCGCCCUGUCGAUUCUAAAGAGUUCUGCGAGUUCGAGGGCACGCCUUAUUUUCGUUUAAUUGGGAAGAGAUGUAUAAUUGAUGACCCUGUCAUCGAAAUUUUAAAAAUGUUGUACACCUACCGGAAUAAAAACUACACAUAAUACUCACACAAAAACACACGAAAAACAUUAUUUGGUUCCUAUCAACUUAAAAGCAAAGCUACUACACGAGAUGUGCGGAAAUGAUGAUGAAAGCACUAAAAAUGUGCGAUACACGAAGGGAGGACUCUUUGAGAAAUAAACAUUCCAUUCUUAUAUAAAUGUACGAUCAUAGUUAUUAUAUAUUUAACGAACAAGUUGCUACUCAUAUUAUUGCUAUUGCACUCACUAAUUUUAAAUGUAAGACAUUUUACGUGAAAUGACAAAACUGUACACUAUGAAAUUUACAAGCAGUUAUCCUUAUGACAUAUACAUACACUUGUACGCGAAAAGUGACCCGCUUAAUGCCUUAUUAUACAACAAAUCUCAAGUAUAUGUAACGCUGCCUUUGAAGAAUCAAACCCUUACGGAAAUGAUCACUACUGUGUAUUGUACUUUUUUUUACCAAUGUCGAAGAAAAUGCUUCCGCCCAAAAAAUUAUUUAGUUUUUUGCUGUAAAAAGGUUAAAGUUAAAGUAAGAAAAAUGCAAGGAUAGUUUAAUUUUGAAGUAGGAUUUUAAUCUCAUCGAAUAUUACGAAUUUUAUGUAACGAGCAAAAGUUAUCGCCUAUCACAUUGAACUGAUACAUACACACAACAUCACGCAAACAUUUAUGGCAAUCCUCACACAUACACUGGCAUACUUACACCCACUCACAAACGUACACUAACGUAUGACACUAAAUGUUAACUGUUGAAUUGAACUAUUUAUGUAUGGUUCGCUAUGAAUGGCGGAAAAGAAGCAAAAACCGCGAAAACAAUACGAUAAAGACUGAUAUAUAUUUGUCUUAACUCUAUUCACUACUACUAUAACACAUUAUACAGAACGCAGACCCUGUGACGAUACGUUGCUCUAGGGAAGUUCUGGUAAUAACUUUUUUAUAUUAACUUGUGCACACGAAAUACUUUACGAGGGGAAAGCGUAAGCCGCCGGUUACUAUUGAGCAGAUGAUCAACGAAAAAGAACGACAAUAACACUAAUCUUUUACUAUAUUGAGAAACAGGAAACGCGAAUGAUAAAAAGAGAAAAAAAAAAACUAAAACCAAUAAUGUGUACAAUAACGGAGAACUAUUAGUAAAAAAAUAUAAAAAGCCAAAAAAAUUGUCAAAUGAAGUGGCGUCUUUGCGCUGUCUCGGU